AUGGCUGAUGAAAGAAAUUUUCGAUCAGCUUACUAUGAAAAAGUGGGAUUUAGGAGUGUAGAAGAAAAAAAAUCAUUGGAAAUUUUGUUGAAGGAGAAACCUCUGGAUCGUGGAAAAUUGAGGCAGUUCUGUGUUAGAUUUUCUGUGCCAGCUACUUAUAGAAAUCUAGUAUGGAAACUGCUUCUAGGUGUUAUUCCAGUUCAUAUAGACAGCCACAACUUCAUAAUGGACCAAAGAAAACAGGAAUACCAUGAAUUGCACAGAGCCCUAACUGUAAUGAGAGUAAUUGACACAAACACUCCAAAACCUCAAGUAUUUUUAGCCAUGUGGCUACUACAAACUGGUAAUUUCACCAUUGAUACUAGUCUAGCAACUGAAAGGGGAUUUAGUAACAUAGUCCAGUCCUUCAUGCAAUUUUUCGAAGAUGAUGCAGAUGUUUUUUGGUUAUCCAGAAAUUUUUAUGAGAAUGUCAAAAAGUUUGAUUCUGAUUUAGGGAAAUUGGUUGAGAAAAGUUACAUGAUACUGGAGAAAGAGGAUGCUGCAUACUAUAAGCAUUUAAAUAAAACUGGAGUGUUGGACAAUUUACCAUUAGCUAAAUGGUUUGAUUGCUGUUUUGCUGGAAUAUUGUAUAAAUCUGCUCUUGAAAGAAUUUGGGAUAAGUUAUGUGGUGGUUCUUACAAGAUUCUCGCAUUUGUAGCUGUAGUUGUCUUAACAACUUUAAAAGCUCGAAUCAUGAAAUGUAACAACAUCUCUGCUGUUUUGCAGAUCAUAAAAAAUAUAACUGAAGAAACUGCAGAUGUGAUAGCAAAUAAAUCCAUAGAAAUGUGGCAGCAAUAUGGAACUCCCCUGACAGUACACGACAAACCAAAACCAUAA